CAUUCUCUCUUACAUCUCCUCUUACAUUGCUGAAACUUUUCCAUUUCCAGCAAUCUUUUCAAAGGUGGAUGGAUGUUGGGGGGUGUAUAAAUAGAAAAUCAAAAGGAAACAGAGUACAACAAAGCCAAAAGCUCAAAAAGCAAGACAUGGACGUUGAUUAUGCCGAUCGCCCUCAGCAGUCCAACUGGUCGGUUGGUCUUUGUAAAUGUGGGGAGGAUGUUACUACAUGUUGCAUCACAUGCUUUCUCCCAUGCAUCACGUUCGGCCGAAUCGCAGAAAUUGUCGACGAAGGACGAAAUUCUUGCCUUUCCCAUAGCAUAGUGUACGGGUUGUUGUGCACGCUGCAGUGCCAGUGGGUCUACUCAUGCAUGUAUAGACAGAGAUUGCGCCAAAAAUUUGUUCUGCCAGACGAGCCUUGUGGUGAUUGUUGUGUUCAUUUCUGCUGUGAGCCGUGUGCCCUCUGCCAAGAACAUGCUCAGCUCAAAACUAGAGGCUUCAACCCCUCCAAAGGUUGGAUUGGGCCACCUACUGCUGCUCCACAGAUGCCUCCUUCGAUGAUAAAAUGAUCGCUAAUCUACUUGGCAGACAAACAAUGUAGUGUUUGUCUUCGCCAUCUCUUUUUUGUUUUUGUUUGAUGGAAUUUGCUUUGUGUUGUAUGAAUAUAUAUUGAUGUUGAUAAAGGCUAUAGUUUGUUUAUAUACGUAAUUUUGUGUUCGGAUA